AUGAGUGCGGGACAGUUUGAUGAUGCGUUGGACGAUACAUCCGAGCGGAUCGAAAAUCUUGCUCUGAAGGCAGCUUCCCAACCGGUGGCGAACGGUGCACCGACGAGCAUCACAAAGAUCGAAAUCCAAGAUGCACUCUUCGGAACGCGGUGUCCCGAGCAGUACGAAGAGGAUUAUCCGUACGGGGAUGAUGAUGACGACGGUGAAGAUGACGACGACGACGAUUUCUAUUGCUACGAGGGCGGUGAGCUGAAGCGCAAUCAGCACCUGAACCUGCAGCAAACGCACACCAAUGCCCAGAGCGCCAGCCAGAAAGUGUCACAUUUUCAGCCGGCCGACGUGUUGUUUAAGAAGUUCACGAACCGGAUCAACGUGGAAAAGUACGAGGGUCCAGCUUCGCUUCCGGGUCACGCCAAAAACACGCUCAUCGAAACGCAACGCAAGGCGGAUGGCGAACGGUUGCGCAGCAAGGACAAACAGGACCGAGCGACGGCGGAACAGGUGAUGGAUCCGCGCACCCGGAUGAUUCUCUUCAAGCUGCUGAACCGGGCCAUGAUCACCGAAAUUAACGGGUGCAUUUCGACGGGCAAGGAAGCGAACGUUUACCAUGCAACUUCGGCGGCUGGCAUGGAUUACGCGAUCAAGAUCUUCAAAACGUCGAUCCUGACGUUCAAGGAUCGGGACAAGUACGUGACCGGCGAGUACCGGUUUCGGCACGGUUACAGCAAGCACAAUCCACGCAAAAUGGUGCGCACCUGGGCUGAGAAAGAGAUGCGCAACUUGGUACGGAUGAAGAAGUGCGAGCUGCCCGUCCCCGAGCCGAUCUUGCUGCGCAGUCACGUGCUGGUGAUGGAGUUCAUUGGGCGCGACGGGUGGCCUGCGCCAAAGUUGAAAGACGUUGAACUGAGCACCUCGAAAGCACGGCAGUUGUACCGGGACGCGGUGGAAAUGAUGUGGACAAUGUACAACCGCUGCCGGUUGGUGCACGCCGAUCUGUCCGAGUUUAAUCUGCUGUACCACGAGGGGCAGAUUGUCAUAAUCGACGUUUCGCAGUCGGUCGAACACGAGCACCCGCACGCGCUCGAGUUCCUGCGCAAGGACUGUGCCAACGUGACGGAUUUUUUCCGCAAACGGGGCGUUUCGACGAUGACGGUGAAGGAAUUGUUCGAUUUCAUUACCGACGCCACGAUCACUGGCGAAACCGUGGAACAGUGUUUGGGGCGGAUCUCGGAUCGAAUAGCGAACCGGAGCUUCGACGAGUUCACCGAGCAACAAAAACUGGACGAGGCCGUCUUCCGGCAGGUGUUUAUCCCGAAAACGCUGCACGACGUGUACGACGCAGAGCGCGAUGUGUUCGAGAAGCAGACGGAAGAGCUGGUUUACGGUACCAUCACCGGUCUGGCCACCGGAACUCCGGGCUCCGGGAAAGCGUCCAGUGGCGAAGAGGAAGACAGCGACAGUGAUUCGGAUGAUGGCAGUGCAGCCGAAUCGAUCGACGACGGUGAACCGCGAUCAUCGGCUGUGGUGCGAUCGAAGAACGAAACGGCCGAAGAGCGCAAAGCGCGCAAGAAGGCGGUCAAGGAGGAGAAGGCCGAAAAGCGGAAAACGAAAGUGAAGAAACACAUCAAAAAGCGAAAAGAAAAGCUUGGCGCACGGAAGUAG